GUCCCUGCGCACGGGAGAUGCUGCCCAUCGGGAAGAGCGCGAAGCAACAGGGCAAGCGGGGUAUUCUAGAGCGCUUAGAUGCUGGAGAAAUUGUGAUUGGAGAUGGAGGAUUUGUCUUUGCCCUUGAAAAGAGGGGAUAUGUAAAAGCUGGGCCCUGGACCCCUGAGGCAACUGUGGAACAUCCAGAAGCAGUUCGUCAGCUUCAUCGCGAGUUCCUCAGAGCUGGAUCAAAUGUUCUGCAGACAUUCACCUUUUAUGCCAGUGAGGACAAACUAGAGAACAGGGGAAACUAUGUAGCUGAGAAGAUCACUGGUCAGAAAGUUAAUGAAGCUGCUUGUGACAUUGCAAAAGAAGUGGCUAAAGAAGGUGAUGCCUUAGUGGCUGGAGGAGUCAGUCAAACACCAUCCUACUUAAGCUGCAAGGAUAAGGCAGAGGUCAAAGCGGUCUUUCGAAAGCAGCUAGAAGUCUUUAUGAGAAAGGAGGUGGACUUCUUAAUUGCAGAGUAUUUUGAACAUGUUGAAGAAGCCGUCUGGGCAGUUGAAGUUUUAAAAGAAUCUGGAAAGCCAGUUGCAGCUACAAUGUGCAUUGGUCCAGAGGGAGACAUGCACGGUGUGCCACCUGGACAAUGUGCUGUCCAGCUUGUCAAGGCUGGUGCUUCUAUUGUUGGAGUCAACUGCCAUUUUGAUGCAGAUAUUUGCCUGAAAACUGUGAUGCUUAUGAAAGAGGGCUUGGAGGCUGCUAAACUGAAAGCAUAUCUGAUGUCUCAACCACUUGCUUUCCAUACACCCGACUGCGGGAAGCAGGGAUUUAUAGAUCUUCCAGAAUUUCCUUUUGGUCUGGAGCCAAGAAUUGUCACUAGAUGGGAUGUUCAAAAAUAUGCAAGACAAGCCUAUGACUUAGGAAUUCGUUACAUUGGGGGCUGCUGCGGAUUUGAGCCAUACCACAUCCGAGCAAUAGCGGAAGAGCUGGCUCCUGAAAGAGGUUUUCUGCCAGAAGCUUCUGAGAAACAUGGUAGCUGGGGGGAUAGCCUGAGCAUGCAUACCAAACCCUGGGUCCGAGCAAGAGCAAGAAAGGAGUACUGGGAGAAUCUGAAGCCGGCUUCAGGCAGACCCUAUUGUCCUUCAUUGUCAAAGCCAGAUGGAUGGGGAGUGACCAAAGGAGCCAGAGAGCUGAUGCAGCAGAAAGAAGCAACCACUGAGCAACAGCUGAAGGAGCUCUUUCAGAAACAGAAGUUUUAAUCCACGGUCGUUGCCUAAAUGUCAGAAUGAUUUAUCUACAGAGCAUCUCAUGCCUUACAAGAGAGAAUUAGUGAGGAUGGGUAUCCUGAUAAUUUAUCAGUUAACAUGUAAUGAGAGGAAC